UUUUACCACUCGCCAUUUUGCAAGAAUGUCAGCCAAAUCAUCAGAGCGAGUUUUUAGUUAAUUUUUAUGUUAUCGCUUAAUAAAUUAUAGUGAUUUUGUGUUUUGAAUAUCGUUUUUAUUGAUAAACAACCGAAAUGGACCGUUUUAUAAGCAUGUGGAAAGUUCGGGAGCUGGCGGAUAAAGUCACAAAUGUAGUGAUGAACUACACGGAGGUGGAGGGCAAGGUCCGCGAGGCGACCUCGGACGAGGCGUGGGGCCCCACUGGCCAGCAGAUGCAGGAGCUGGCGCUGGCCACCUUCACAUACGAGCACUUCCCCGAGGUCAUGUCCAUGCUGUGGCGGCGAAUGCUCCACGACAACCGCUCGCAUUGGCGACGAACAUACAAGUGCUUGCUGCUCCUGAGCUACCUAGUGCGCAACGGGUCGGAGCGAGUAGUGACGUCGGCGCGGGAACACAUAUACGACCUCCGCUCACUCGAGAACUACACAUACGUCGACGACGUCGGGAAAGACCAGGGUAUAAACAUAAGGCACAAAGUGCGAGAACUGAUAGACUUCAUACAGGAUGAUGAGAAACUGCGGGAGGAGAGGAAGAAGGCUAAGAAGAACAAAGACAAGUAUAUAGGCAUGUCAUCAGACGCGGUGGUGAUGGGCAUGCGGGGCGGCUCCGGCGGCUGGGGCGAGUACAGCGACCGCAGCGCCGGGAACUGGGGUUUGUCAUCUUUAUACUACUCGAUGUACACCAGUCUAAUAGCAAAGCUCGACCUGCUAAGCUCAAACCUUAACUAUUUAAAGAGACAAGAGGAGCCAAAAGAAAGAAAUGACGAGGACGACUACGAGAGAGAGGACUCGGAUGGAGACUACGGUCAUCAUCGUGAGAGGAGGCCACACAAAGAGAACGUAUACCGUGACUCGGACGUGGUGAGCUCGAGUCCGCCCCGCGCACGGUCGCUGGAGCCCGGCGAGCGCCCCGACCGGCCCGACCGGGCCGAGCGCCCCGACCGGGGGACGCACAAACCCUUCAGCAUCAAUCUCAAGAGCCCCGCCAAACAGAAACCUAGCACGCCUGUCAAGAAAAUAGACCUUGGCGCGGCAGCGACAUACGGCCAGUCGGGCAGCAGCGGCGGGGCUGCGGAGGCUGCGCCCCCGGUACAGUCGCAGGAACUGCUGGACGACCUGUUCAAGACCUGCGCCCCCGCCACACACGCUCCUCCCAACGAUGUACUCGAUGACUUCGAUCCCAGAGCGGAAGAACCAACCGUUCCUCGCAAAGUAUCGAAUGAGUUCGGUGACUUUACGAAUGCUUUCGGUCCCCCCGCGAACAACAACGAAGGAUUCGCAGACUUUUCGAGCGCUUUCACAGACAACAACAACUCUAACAACUUGCUCAGCGCCGGAACCAAUCUGGCGCCCACACCUAACCUUAUGGCGCCCAGUAACAACCUCAUGGCGCCCUCCAAUAACCUAAUGGCGCCCAGUAAUAACCUUAUGGGCAUUGGCAGCAACUUGAUGACGCCGGCCAACAAUCUACUCAGCUCGAGUAACAAUAGUGCGCCAACUACAAGUCCGUCAUCCAACCUGGACCUGCUGAGCGAGCUGUCCCCGGGCGCUGGGUUCGGCCCGGUGGACUCGCUCAGCUCGCAGCUCGCCGCCACCACGUUGCAGCCCACCCUCACUCCAGGAGAAACUAGCGAGACCGCCGCGGACCGGGCCAUGGAACACGCCAUCCAGGUCAUACACGACACGGCCAGCAUUACGAGCCAGGCAGACGUGGAGCGGGUGGAGCGCGCGCUGGGCGCAGCGCUGGGCGCGCUGGGCGGGCCCCUCACGCUGCAGCGGCUGUGCGGCGCCGAGCGGGCCGCGCUGGCCGCCCCGCAGCUGGCGCGCGCCGCCCGCCUGCUGCCCGCCGCCGCCCGGGGCCUGCUGCCGUACUGGCCCGUGGCGCGCCCCGCCUUGCGCGCGCUCUUCUCGCUGGAGGACAGCUUCCAGCUAAGUCACGAGACGCUCUCCGUCCUCUGCGGGUUCCUCAAAACUGAGAACAAUAAGGUCACCUUGAAGGCUCUCUCCGACCUACUGGUGGCGUACGUCAAGAGCGACGCCAUACUUAUCGCCAUAGUGGACUGCAGCCGGCCCUGCGAAGAGUCGGAGUACUACGAGCUCCAGAAUGCCUGGGAGCACUACGUGCAGCUCCUGGCGACGCUGCCGCAGCGAGUCGCCAACAGAUUGGAGACGGAUACACCGAAGGGCUUCUCCCACGAGAACUACUCGUACUACUUGAUAUUCCACGUGAUCAGAGUGAUGGACUUCAUGUCCGACAGUAGCUUCCACCAGGGCGCGCAGUACAACGUCAAGUGCCUCGCGCACUUGCUGUCCAAGAUCAUCACCAACUACUACAUGAGCGGGGACUCACCCGUCAUUGCCAUCUUCGUGGACAUACUGGCGGGCUGGACCGAGACGCAGGGCCCCGACCGAUACGUGAAGCGCAAGCUUAUCCAGACCCUCCUGCGGCACCUGUCGCGCCAGGCCAUAGAGUAUCUCUGUGUAGUGCUGCUCAAGCGGUGCCCCAUUGACUACAAGGCGGACCAGCAGAUCAUAUACAACGUCAUCGGAGACAAUUUCGAUACCAACAACGACUGGAGGGAGAUCCUCAGCUACAAGAUCCCGUUUUAUGUGAGACCCAAGGACUAUAGGGACACGACGAUACAGGAGAACCUCUUGUACUACCUGUCGUACACGAAGCAGUCGGAGAGCAACGUGACCGACCUGGUCCUGCGCCUGAGCACCGCGUGGGCCGACGUCCGCCUGGCCAACACCUGCAACCUGGCCGACCACAUCUACAUCUCGCAGCUGCUCAUCCUGGCCGUGCGCUACCGCGUCACCAUGUCGCUCUGGACCAAGUCCGCCUGGAAGACCGCCGAGCUCAAGAACAUCUUGCUGCGCGGCAUGGGCAAGCACCUCGACGUGCUCUCGCCCGAAUACCGCUGCGUCGGCAUGGCCACCAUCGAGACCCUGCUCAGGAUCCUGUCGGAGCUCGACACCGAAAAAAAGGUCGAGCUGAAGUUCGAGUACGAGGACAUGAGCGACAGCUGCCGAGAGAUCCAGCAGAACCUGGCGGAGCUGGCGCACCGCUGCCUCAUCGAGCACCGGCGCCGCGGGCCCGGCCUGCACGUGCCGCGCCCCCUGCAGCUCAAGCGGAACCUCGACUUCAUCGCGCGCAAGUUCUCCCACGACGAGAACUGCAGGGAGCACAACACGCUCGUCAGCUGCGCCGUCAAGGGGCCCGAGCAGACCAAGGAGAUUGUUAAAACCAUUAUAUCCGUGAAGCUGGACGCGCUCGAUGGCAAGCAAGAGAAUCUCGACUCUGACGACGACCUCAUGCCGUACGACAUGAGCAACGACGUCCCCGCCGCCGCCAGGAAGCACCCCAAGUACCUGCGGGACCUCAUCGAGCUCAUCGUGGACGCGCUCGACGUAGAACUGUUCGAAGGGAGCUUACAGGUCGCCGAGCAACUCGUCAACAAACAGCUCAGAGACGAAGACGUCAAAGUAGUUAUCGAACUGUUAGAUUUGUUCGUGCACCUCGAGCCCAAGUACCAGAUAGACGACUUCGACAAUAUAAAGUUUCGGACGUGCGUCGCCAUCGUCUGCGAGCGGCCAGAGGUCGCGGCCGAGCAUCUCUGCAGGGAGAUACACACCGACGUCGGCCGGUACUCCGUCGCCACCAAGCUCUUCAUGCUCGACGUACUCUCCGACGCUGUCAAUAGGAUAGCUGACGUGUACUCUCACAGAGACAAACCCGAGCCCGCACCGGAGGUUAUAUGCGAGCCGCGGGAGGACUUACCUCCAGAGGAGGUAAUCAGACGGAGACUGAUCAACAAGACGAGGUACUUCCACACGAUACGGCCGCACCCCUUCGCGAAAGCUAAGAAAAAUCGGUUCGCGGCAGUGUCUGACUACUUCUUCUUCCCAUUGCUGGGCGGGUUCGGUCACCACCAGCUCACGCUGAACCACCACACCCUGAAGCAGGACGUGGACAACAUCUUGCUGUUAAAGUUCCUGUCCGUGGUGGGGAACGUGGUGCUGGCGUCGAAGAACUGUCCGCGGGUGUCGGUGUACAGCUGGGAGGUCGUGAAGAUCGUGCUGUACAUGAGGUACAGCCCGGACCCCAAGAUACAGACCAGUGUCAUGUCCCUGCUGGCCGCUGUGGUCAUAGCGGUGCCGUCCUCUAUACUCAAAACGGAGUUCUUCGAUGUCAUGAUGGAACUGAGGUCUUGGCUGGUAGACUGCCUUAGGAACGUGGAUCUCACGAUGAGACUGGGCGGGCCGCAGUCUGAGGCCGCCAUCUUCGCGGGACAGGUGCUUGGCCUCAUGGAGAAGACGUUGGCAGACAGUUUACAACCGACACCGGUAGGCCUCCUGCAGCCGAUGUCUGGCGCCCCGGCGCCCGCCGCGCCGGCCCCCGCCAGCAAGGGCGCCAGCAAACUGGGCGCCACUUGGGCCGACACCACAGGCGCCAUCAACAUAGAUGUCGACAACCUGCUGGCGCCCCGUUCCCCCAAGGCGGGACCGGCGCCCUCCAUCAAUCAGCUCAAGUCCAGCCCCAACUCGCCGGCGCACGCCCCCCAUCAGCCCCCAGUGAUGACCCCCAUGGGAGGCUACAUGAUGCAGAGCAACCUCGUCAACAACAACUUCGCGCCCCUCGGCCAGAACAACAUGAUGCGGCCUGCCUUCGCCAACCAGAACUCGUUCCUCCAAUGAUAUUGGUUACUGGCAGGGACAUGCCAGCAUGGUUGACUUGCGCGACCUCAUCUAAUGGAGCAAUGGUACACAACUACUGAUUUAUACACCCCCUUUAUUUAACAAACGUAUCUUCUGUUAAAAAUGUUGACAUUUCGUGAGUUUUCUUUUUAAAUACUCAUUGUAAGUUUAAAUGUCCUGUUAAUUUUGCAUGUGUAUAAGCUUGUUCAUACGCUUGGUACCCCUAAAGUUCCUCUAUUUUAUUAGUAGUUUAAUAUCAAAUAUCUAACCUGACAAUAAAGUAGUGCCAGCAGGCAGCGGUAGUAAAAUAUUAAAUUUGCAAUUCCGUAAACAAUGUAUUAACAUGCCAUUGCUCCAAAACUAAAGUACCUAUCGUAUCAAAGUGGGUUUCGGAAAUUGAAAGCAAAAGUGAAAUAAAAACAAUUUUUAUACGAAUUUGAUAUUAUAAAGGAUUUGGCGAGGCCCACGCAUGUACAUGAGUACAUAUCAAUGUAUAUCGCCUGAUAUUAUGUGCGUCGUUAGCGACACACGUUACCUUGAAGAUUUGCUGACUUCUUGAUGUUCUAAUCGUAUGCUUAGAGGGGCGGUACUGGGGGCUUCCUGUAGUACUCAGCUACCUACAGUGCUACACCACGAACCCGACAGUGCCGCCGUCCUGUCCCAUCUUUUACUUCUGUCUAUAUUCAUUUUUCGUUUUAUAACGUAUUCAGUUUGCCAUUACUACUUACGACUGGAACUAUAUUUCAGAUAAAUAUGUAAAUUGUAACUUUUGCUUUUAAAGUAUUAUGUUUAUUUAAAAUUAUAUUGUUUAUAGUUAUAAUCACCAAGCUAUCAUGGGCCGGAUGUAAUCUAAAAUGCUCACUCUACAUUCCUUCCAUUUUAUUUCUAUUUCUUAUUUAAGUUAAUAAAAUUAGAAAAUUCUUUUAAUUAUUCUAUUUAUUUAUGUUGGACAUCCCUAUAAUAAUAUUUGAAGUAAUACAGCAGCGACUGCCGCGUUCUAAGGAAUUAUAUGUACGAAGGCUCAGUUUUAUAUUAGCUAAGUAUUCGCUCACUGAUUACAAGUAGAUAGACAAACUUAUACAUAGUUAUUUGGGAGACUAUUUCUUGAGGCGAGGCACCUCUAUAACGGGCGAGAGUCAAAUGAAUUUAUAUCUUAAUACUGCCAAGGGGUUGCCUUGACUCAAGCGACAGUUAUGUACACCAAUACUUGAGAAAUUAUGAAGAAUAUAAUUAUCACUGAUCAACAUAACGCAGUAUAUGCUGAACAAUAUCGAGUAACGUUCCCCCGUAGCCCCCGAGGAAUAUAUCGGCGCAGUGAACGCGAGGUCGAGUAGUGUAGGACCCGUCACCCGACGAUAGAAUAUUUUUUAUACCCGCUUGGAGUAGCGUGUGUAGUGUCAAACCUUAGUGUUACAGUGUUUCGAUGUAAGUGUUACAAUAAUUAAUUAUAUAUUGUAUUAUAGUCAUUAUGUACGUACGAUGUCUCGUGUGUGUGCUCGCGGUGUGGGCGACAGAACAAACUGCGGAUUGUACCUACAGUACUUCAAAGGUAUCUUGGAGAACUUUAAAAACACAUGAAUUACUAGCUCAUAUAAUAUAUCAUCUUGUAGGGCUACUUGCAUGCUCCGAAAAUAUACAUUACCUUUAGAAAGUGAUGUACAGUAGUUUCCCUGUAUAAGAAAUAAAAACCAGAUCCCCACAUUGCGAGCAACAGUAAAAUGGUACGUAAAUGAGGAAGUUGAGAUGCGGAAUGAAUUUGUAUACUGGUAGGAGUUUACAAGUGUAUGUAAUUAUAUUGUUAAUUAUCAUUUGUACUUAAAUUCUAUUAUUGGUAUGUAAUAUCAUUUUAAUAACUUUAUUUCCACAGCACUGACUUUUGUAUCAAUGCAUUUAAGUUCAUUCCGUUUUAUAAAAACGUUGUGUUGGGGCAGCUACAUAUUGUAAUGUUUGAAAUACUCGGCUCUAAUACAUGUAAAUAUUGCAGCAAUCUGCGCAAACUGCCAUUACAGGCACAUCACGAGUUAUUAGCACGCGAGUGUUUCAAACAAUCGUUUAUCUAAUUAUAAUUUAUUGUAGUCUAUAUGUUAAUGCGCCUGCGGUAAUAAAUCAUGUUUGGGACCAAAACAACUAAAUUUAUGUUCACCGGAUAGAGCGGGACGCAGUAUAACAGAACACUAUUUGAUUGUCUCAUGUUUCAUUUAUUGAAAGACCUAUCAAAAUAUCCGAAACCAAUGAAUAAUUGGUCAGUUAUUACAAAGUAUUAAAGUUUGAGCUUAAAACAUGAGAUUAAUAUCAAAGAGAUAUUUAUUUGUAAAUUUCGAGUGCUGCAGUAAUUUUGGUGCGAAGUUUCAUUUAAAAUUAUGUUGUUCGGUGUUUCUGUACGGCCGUUGUAUUAUAGUUUCAUCCUUGCGGCUGGUUGGCUCGUCACAAAUUUAAGGAAAAAGUAUUUUAUUACUUAACGGAAUCAUUUGCGAAUUUUGCAAAGUGUUUGUGACCAAGUAAUUUGUGUUGAUGUCAAUAUGUCACUCGCGAUGUUUUGUAAAUAUAAAUAUUCCCUAAUUUCGUAGUUCUUCCAUUGGUUACAUCAUACUUGUGGAGAUUUAUGAAGCAAUAAUUAUGGUUUAAAUAAUUUGUUCGUAGUUAAUCGAUAAAAACGAAUUUUAUUAGUUUAAAAUAUAUAUUAAUUUAGAAUGUUUAUUUUAAAAUGUAUAAUUAUGUGUUGAGUGUCAUUAUUCGCACAAUUAUUAUGGUUAAUUAAAUAUUUUAUUUUUGUGUAAUACUACGUUUAUUAUUGAGAUAUUGGAUUUUAUUUAAAUAGUACCCCACCUGGGAGUGUCAUCGAGUGUAACAGAACAGCCCUCACUAUAAAUAUGUUUUAUUCUACUUUAUGUAAGUAAUUGUUAUUUCGGCGAGCGGCGGAUGUUUCGACAUGGUAUACAAUCAAGGAAGAAUUGUCUAUGUUGAUGAAUUGUAUUGAAUAAAACUUAAUUAUUAA